AUGCAUCUCUACAUCCAGAACAAAUUAGAAAGGAGCGCUUGGCUCUGUGAGAAAAUUGAUUUGACGCCUGCAUUUAGUGCCAAUGUGCCCACCGCCUUAUUAGGACGGGACAUCGAGGCGAAUUUAUGCGACCGCCUCGUUGACCGCAACCCGCACCGAAUAUCCGGCUCAGAUGGACGUACAAUUCUGGCGGGAUUGGACGCAGGAUGCAGG